GCCGCGGCCAUGUUGGCUGAGGGCUCGAAGACAAAGCCACCUGAAGACACCGGGGCGGCGUCAUCUGGGCAGGAUGGCGCGGGAGCGAAGUUCGUGGGGCCGCGUUGCCGCCAUCUCUUAGGAAGGCAUCUUCCAGUUCUGGUUUUCGGUGCACCUUCAGCCACCCGCUCUUAGUGUUCAGCCACCCCCGUGGGCCCUCGAGGGGCCGCUCCUGGUCUCCCGGCCUCACGACGGCGUCCCGACCCUCGGGCCCGGCCAGGGAGCGUUCUGGAUCGCGGAGGCUCCGCGGACCCCGGCGGGUAGGGGUGGCGCUGGCCCGCCGCCGGGGUGGCACUUACGAUGGCGCCGCCCCCGGCCCUGCUCCCGGCGCGGGAACCUAACGGGGCCGGGCGCCAGGGGGGGACACCCGAGCCCCUCAGCUUCGCGGACGUGGCCGUCUACUUCUCCCCGGAGGAGUGGGGGUGUCUGCGGCCCGCGCAGAGGGCCCUGUACCGGGACGUGAUGCGGGAGACCUACGGCCACCUGGGCGCGCUCGGCUUCCGAGGUACCAAGCCAGCCCUCAUCUCCUGGGUGGAGGAAGAGGCCGAACUGUGGGGUCCAGAUGCCCGGGAUCCUGAGACGGGAGAGUGUCUUAGAGAAGCAGACACAGCAGGUUCCAGAGACAAGGAAGAGAAAGGACAAAGAGAAGGGACCGAGACACUGGGGAAGAACCUUUCUGUGGACGCUCAGCCUCACGGGCUGAGGGCUCUCAAACCCUUUUCUGCUGGGUUUUCUUAUGGUUGGGAGCAGCCAUCGAAGGUGCCUCACCGGGGUCGCCCACCACUCUGUGCCCAUCCCCCGGUCCCCAGGGCAGACCAGAGGCACGGUUGCUACAUGUGCGGGAAGAGUUUCGCUUGGCGCUCCACCCUGGUGGAGCACCUGUACACCCACACGGGCGAGAAGCCCUUCAGCUGCCCUGACUGUGGCAAGGGCUUCAGCCAGGCCUCCUCUCUGAGCAAGCACCGGGCCAUCCACCGAGGGGAGCGGCCCCACCGCUGCCCGGACUGUGGCCGGGCCUUCACCCAGCGCUCCGCCCUCACCACCCACCUCCGGGUCCACACGGGCGAGAAGCCCUACAGCUGUGCUGACUGCGGCCGCUGCUUCAGCCAGAGCUCCGCCCUCUACCAGCACCAGCGGGUCCACAGCGGCGAGACCCCCUUCCCGUGCCCAGACUGUGGCCGCGCCUUCGCCCACGCCUCAGACCUCCGGCGCCACGUGCGCACCCACACAGGCGAGAAGCCCUAUCCGUGCCCAGAUUGCGGGCGCUGCUUCCGGCAGAGCUCCGAGAUGGCGGCCCACCGGCGCACCCACAGCGGCGAGCGCCCCUACGCCUGUCCGCAGUGCGGCAGGUGCUUCGGCCAGAAGUCAGCCAUGGCCAAGCACCAGUGGGUCCAUCGGCCCGGGGCAGGGCGGCGCAGGGGCCGGGGUACCAGUGGGUUGCCUGUGCCCCUGGCCUCUGGCCGAGGGGACCUGGACCCACCCGUGGGCUUCCAGCACUACCCAGAGAUAUUCCAGGAGUGUGGGUGAUGGCCUCAACGGUGACAAGGCAAAGGGUGAAGAUCUAGACAUUGUCUGAAGCCCAGGGUGGCCUCAGGGGCCUGAAACUCUGGCAGCUCCGGGGAGGCCACAGAAUUCCCAGCCAGAGCUGGACCUGGGGGAGGAGGACUGUUUCAUCUUAGGCCCUCACGAGCUUCAUCUGCUGAUACCUUGUUCCCUACUGUCCCAGACUCUAGAAGCCCCCUUUGCUGAGUUAGGGCUGAGGUUAGAACCCCCACUAGACUUCCACUGUGGGGAAGAAAAGGCUGUUUCUAAGAGGAUUGAGGUGGAGAACUUUGUUUUACCCACUGACUUUACUGCAGAAGUUAAAAACUGAUGGCCGGGGACUGAAU